UCGCCUAGGCUCCUCCAGCUCCGCGGGCGUGCCCCUGGCGCCUUGCCAGCUGCCAGAAGCCGCCUCUCCAACAUGAUGUGCGCGCCUCUCUUCGCCAAGGCCCCCACGAAUCGUGAGACCUUCCGCGGAGGCUGGACUGCGCCAGCGGUCCCUGGGAGCGAGCGCGACGAGGUGGCUCCGGUGCCCGAACCCCGCCCGCUGCUCUUCAAGACGAAGCUCUGCAGCUUCUUCGCGGCCGGCGCGUGCGAGAGGGGCGCCGAGUGCAGGUUCGCCCACGGCCCGGGCGAGCUCGCGGAGCGUCCGGACUUCUCGAGGACGCGGCUCUGCCCCACGCCUGCACUGGUUCACCGCGCCUGCGCGGCCCCGCACUGCGCCUUCGCGCACGGCCCGCACGAGCUCCUGCCGUGCCUGGCCAAGCGCGCGACGGCGCCCCCUGGCGGGGCGGAGCCUCCCGCAGCGCCGGUCCCGCGCAGGAGGCCGUUGCGGAGGGGCGGGCGGCGCGCGGCGCCCGCCCGGCGGGUGGCCGAGCAGGCGGCGCAGCAGUGGCGGGCGGAGGAGGCCGUGCGCAGGGCGCUGCCGCUGCUUCAGGCGGACAAGUUGCGGAGCGGGCGCGGAAGCUCCUGGGCCGCAUAUGUGUAA